CAUUUUCACUUCCCAUUCUACUUUGAUUCCUGCAAACUUCUUAUGGAGAAAAUUUCACUUUCCCUGGAAAAAAUCAUUAUUUGAAGUCCUUUAUGGUGAAAAAUUUUCAAUACUACACACAUAAGAUCAUAAAAAUGUCGAGAAAUGUUACAGAAGUUUGUUGUCGUGCAUUGUGAGUUAUCUCAGCUCCAUUACAAUAUCAUACGGUAAAGCUUAUUGGUGCUAAAAAUUCAUGGGAUUUAUUUGAAGUGACACAGUCGUGCUACUCCACUUGACCGAAGUGAGACUAGAUUGAGUGAGAUGUACAUUUGGUAGUGAACGAGAGUGACAGCCCCUGAACAAGAUGCUGGUCUGUUCUUCUUAUCAGGAGCCACGCAUUUCCGCCGAAGCUGAAGGCGUCGCGCCUAGUGUGGUGUUCGACCGUCGGUUGCCUCCAGCUCCAUCUCCCCCGACACACUCUCGACUGCCGCCAGACGGGCACGAGUUUCCCGUUUCGUAUUCAGACUCGACGACGUGCGACAAACCGUCGCGAUUCACUACGCCGCGUUCGCACUCACGAUCCCGAUCUCGUGACGGCAGAGAAGCGACCUCGACGACUUCAUCCUACGGAGGAGCAGAAGGAUCUGCCUCUCUCAAUCGGACGUCAUCUCUGUCGUCAAGAUGGCGACGUCAGGAUGAAAAAAGCGAGAAGAGCGUUCGUGACAAGAUAGCCAUGUUCUCUCAGAACAAGCGGGCCAAGAAGAGUGACGUAUCAGAUUAUUUUGAUGACAAAACCGAUGGCGGAAUGAGGGGUUUUUCUGAAACCGACAUCAGCACUCGAGGCGGGUCGCCCAGCCCAUGCUUAUCGAAAACCAGCACCUUCAGCUCCAUGAUCAACGUCAGCUCAAACAAUCCGGAUACCGGAACCAAAGUCAAGGCGGCAGCAUCUGAGGUGGACGUAUGUCGGACCGGUAGAGAGACUGAGAGAACGAUUCCUACACCAAGUCGAAUCGAUGUCUGCCAGGCUGAUUGCAGUCAAGGCCUACACAGCAGAUCGCAGAGUCUCGUGGACAUCGAAAGAACCCACCAUAUUAAACGUCACAGCGUCAGUACUAUCGAGCGACCCAACGAAAAACUUGAGGAUAAAGAGAGACGUUGUUCCGUGACAACUAAAGCCGAAUUACGGCGUAAAAGUCUUAGCAAAUUACGAGGUCUUGUAAUUCCUGAAUCGAUCACGAAUGAAGCUUCUUCGAAACCUCCAAUUGAUCUCCCUCGUAUUGGAAGUUCUCCUCCGCCUCUGCCCACUGCCACUCCUGUCUCGGUUACACAGAAAACUUUGUCUCUCCCACGCGACGUUAAUCGGACUCAAAAAAUUUAUAAAACAGAUUCCAUUUCAAGCAUUGAAUCAUGCGAGUCGAAUGCAAGCAAACAAAGCUCAACGAUCGGCAGCUCCCAGUCGUGGCGUAGUCAUAUUUCUACAAGCACUUCAUCCAAAUAUUCCCCUGCCAUCAAACGUAAAUUCCCAGCGAUCAGCAGACCAGAUUCUCUUCCGCCGGUCAGCUGCCGGAACACCAGGAGCUGCAGUCCUGCUGCCGACUGCAUCAUGUCUCCGUUCAAGUCUAGCGAUGGAUUAAUCACUCCCAAUUCUGAUCUAAGCUUUGAAAUUGAUUGUAAGCAAAGCAAUAACAGGAACAGUUCAUCCUCCAAGUCGGUUUUUGACUCUCGACUGAAUCGUUCCGAAGACAGCGACAACGACUCGGCAGUGAGCUCCACCCUGUCUAGUUUCUCGCAAGGCAUGACGCCGCCCGCUUCUCCCGUACCUGGUGGUUCAGAUCCUGAGGAAGCUAAGUCUUCAAAAUUGCACACUAUACCUCGACAUUCCUCACAAAGUUCAAUGGAUGAAAUGGACACGAAACGAGUCCUGAAGACCGGCACGAUAGAGGCAGAGAACCGUCGUAACGUUAUCAAGAGCGCUAAGUGCAGCUCCGGUCGUAGUAGCGACGAUUCUACUCCCGAACUCGCUCGAAAGUGUUCGUCAAAGAAGGAUGAAAAUUUUGCUUUGCGGCUUGAAACUGAUUUGCGAGACGGUACUGUACGCCCUGGACUUAGAAAACAAUCAGCCAGCGAAACUCGACGCUCGACAAAUGAUUGUUUGCCUGAAAAUGAAGUGUUCUACGGCCCAACCGGAGAAAAAGAUAAAAUAAGGGUUGAGCAGGUUUAUAUUGAUAAAGCGGGAGACAUGUAUAAAGAAUCUGAAAUCAAAGUUGCGUAUUUGAACGAAGUUUCUGACAGCUUUGAGCAUGAACUGACCGACAUACCUUCAACCGAUGUGCCUUCAGAUGUGGUAGCUGAGGUACCACUUAAGAGAUUUCAUCAAGAAUUUAAAUUACCCAUGUCAAGUGAUCGUUGGGCUCAGCUCGAACAGAAAUAUGGAAACAAUUCUGAUGACUUUGAAGCAAAAGUAGGAAAACGACGUCCUCCUGAUAAACCUGAGCCCACAGUUCAGAGAACCAUAAAUAAUGCCAGAAAAAUAAGCGUCACUCAAAACGUCCAUUCAGGAGGAGGAGGAGGUGGCUUUAAAGCACUCGCUGAGAAAUGGAAGCAACGAGCUGAAGUCGAAGAUGAUGGUCAGUCGUCCCCUAGACUUGCUUCUCCCAUUGGAUCUUCUGCCAAAACUGUUGAAGAAGUUCCAUCAACUUCUCGAGAGCAGAGACCGAACAGUCUUCCAAUCGUCAGAGCUGAUGUUCCAGAUCGCAAGUUUUCAAUGCCUGAAUUUGGUAAUGCGGGGAUUAGAAUGCGUGAACGCAGAUCAGAAGGCAACGGAGGAUCGACAGAUAUGCCUUCCAGACCAUCUAGUCUAAUAGAGAGCACCUCCGAGCCCGUGAAAAACCUGGAAAAUGACCCAGCGUACUUAUCGCAAAGCGGAACAACCGCGAGUAGUUCCACAGACUCGUUAGACGGGCAAGGAUCCAUUUCUAGAACGGUCAGCAAAGAGGUCUUGGAGGCGUUCUCGAAGGGAAGGACCUUGGGACAGUUUGUCUCUGUCGGGUCCCGGUUCAGCAUGAAUUCGUCGAAUACUCCGAGAGUGUCUGACAUCACGAAGGCCUUUGAAGGUCGCAGCACGGGCAUUUCGUCGCACAUUCGCAUGUUUUCCGUAGAUUCUGUGGCUUCGGAUGACGGUUCUGCUGGCGGCCAUUAUGGAUCUGUGACAUCAUUAGCAUCUGGCACGAGAGAUCAAUACGGAUCGAUUUCUUCUUUAGCGUCGUCCACCUCAAUCAUCUCUUCGCAGGAGCUUGCACAGCUGAUAGAGGAAGCGAACCAGUCGCUGGAGGAGCACAUUCGAUAG